AUGGCGCGUGAGCCGGGUCGGUCUGUCUCGCCCGACAGCUCUGGCGCCGACUCGCCUGGACCGCGCCAGUGGAGGAACCAGCUAGGGGCCGAGGACACACCACCGACCGACAAGCACUACCGCAAGUAUGCGAGCGGCGUCGAGAGGGCGCUCUCGCUGUUCGACACGGCCCUGCAGGAAUGGGCCGAUUAUAUAUCUUUUCUGAACCGAUUGCUCAAGGCCCUUCAAGCUCGACCGUCCUCCGUCUCGGCCAUCCCCUCCAAGGCCACCGUCGCAAAACGGCUGUCGCAAUGCCUCAACCCCUCGCUGCCCUCGGGGGUCCACCAAAAGACCCUCGAGGUGUACAGCUUCAUCUUUGCCGUCAUCGGCCACGACGGCCUCUCACGCGACUUGCCUCUAUACUUCCCCGGCCUUGCGUCUGUUCUCUCGUUCGCCUCGCUCACCGUCCGCGCGCCGUUUCUCGAUCUGCUCGAACGAUACUUUCUUGGUCUUGAUCCCCGCUCGCUGCGGCCGGCUAUGAAAGCGGUGAUUCUUGCGCUGUUGCCCGGGUUGGAGGAGGAGACAAGUGAGGACUUUGAGCGGACAUUGAAGCUGGUGGAGCGGUUUAAAGCUGCGAUUCGGCCGGCGGGCAGCGAGGACAUCACGGAGGUGCAUUCGUCGGGGGACGAUUUCUUUUGGCAGUGCUUUUUUCUCGCGUCCAUCACCGGGCAGACCAGGAGAACGGGGGCCUUGGCGUAUCUCUUGCGCUCGCUCCCUCGUCUCGGCCAAACGCCGCAGUCUGAUUCCUCGAAUACGGGCCCCGACGCAGAAGUAGCCAAGCGACUAUCGCAACUGGUCACCUCGCCAGAACCCGGGCUGCUCAUCCGCUGCUUCGCCGCUGGCCUGGCCGACGACCAACUGCUCAUCCAGCGCGGCUACCUCGACCUGCUCGUCACCCACCUUCCACUACACUCCGAGGUCCUGCAGGGCAAAGCCAAGGACAAUGGCGACCUGGAGCUUCUGCUACGGGCCGCGGCAGGAGUGACGGUCCGGCGAGACAUGAGCCUCAACAGACGGCUGUGGUCGUGGCUGCUCGGGCCCGAACCACCAGCCUCAGGCGACCACGACGGCGCACCCGACUCACCGACCUCGACAUCCGCCCACGGCCACGGCCACGGCUUCUCCUCGCGGACCACCUACUUCGAACAGUUCGGCCUGCAACCACUCACGCGCGCGCUGCUGGCUCUAGUGAAGCUAGACACAGGCGGCAACCCGGCCGAGCGCGCGCGGCCGUACCGCAUCUGUCUCUCGCUGAUGGACCGCUGGGAGAUUGGCGGGCUUGUGGUGCCGGCGCUCUUCCUACCGAUCGUGAAUAGCGUUAAGGAGUUCAAGGCCAAGGCCGCGAGCCGGGCUGACUUUGCCGAGGUGCUGCGGAGUGCGAGCGUGUUCUUUGAUGGUGUCGAGAGUGGGUUGAUUUAUGGCGAGAUUCUCGCGCUUAUGACGCAGGCUGUUGGGCCGGGGGAGCUGUCGUUGUUGCAGCGUAGAGAGAAAUUGGAGUUGGUCAGGUUUGUGUUGGGCAGCUUUAAUGUAAGGGAGGAGGAGAUGGUCACUAUCCAUGCUCCUCUUACGGCGCUGGCGGUGCUCUGCAUGGUGGAAGAGCAGGGCAGUGGGAACUCAGGCGCAGACGCAUCGACACGGCCUGAUUCGGCGCUGUUGGAAUUUGCCCUGGGCAUUGCGAGCAACUUGCUAGAACUGGUCCCAGAACGGGCGUUUUCAACGGAAACAGCCGACAAACCCACGCCAUCACAAAAAGUCCACGAGACCUCCAACACCGACCUCCUCCACCAAGUCCGAACAUUCUACGUCACAGACCAAGGCAACCUCGAAGCCUCACCACCGCCCUUCGACCCGUCCACACUCGCCCACCACCUCCUCCAAAAAGCCUCCGACCUCACCUGCGCAUCCUUAACCCAGCAGACGCCGGGGGGUCCCUCCCAAAGCGCCUCGGUAUCCCCCAAAAGCCGAAUCCUCACCCUCCUCCUCCCCAAACUCCCCUCACCCACCUCCCCGCCGUUUAACACCGCCCAAUUCCUCUCCGCCCUGCACAACUGCCUCUCCCCCCCUUCUCCUCCUUCUACUAGCAGUCCAACCCUCCCAUUCACAACCUACACCUCCAUAAUCUCCCUCGCCAGCCACCUACACGCCUCCCAGCGCAUCUCCCCCGCCCAGCUUUCUGAUCUCGUCGUGCCUUUGGUUCAGCACGCAUGGCGGUACCUGUCGGCUGCGGAACCGAAAUACCAUGUUGAGACGACACGGAGUUUGUGGAGGUUGCAGAGCGUGUUGGGGGAGGGGAAUCGGGAUGUGGAGGCGGCUGUUUGUGCUUUGAUGCUUAAGCAUCGCGACACCGCCGGUUGGGGUGGACGGGGAAGUUGGGGUGUAGUAGGAGGUAGGCCGUCAGAUGCAGGCCGAACCUUCGCAGUCUUAUGGACACAUACCCUCCAAGACCACGGCCCAACCAGCGGAAGCGGAAGCGGCAGUGGUGGCAGCAACAGCAGCAGCAAACCCGGCAACGACAAGACCGACGGGAAGGACAAUAACAACAACAACAACAACAACAACAACAACAACAACAGGAGGGAUAGCAGAAAGGGGGGUUUUCCGCUGUUGGCCGGGAUGGAACACUACGAGAUCAUGCUGACCCGCCCGCUGUUUCUGAUGCUGGACGCGCUGGUGGAUGAGAGGACGCAGUUGUUUAUGACGGCUAAGACGUGGUUGGGGCAUUUGAUUGGGAUGGAUAAGUUGUUUGCUGUUUUUGUGGGGAGGUUUGCUGAACUCUCUUUUUUGAGGCGGGGCCGCCAACGGCUGGAAUCUAGCGCUUCGGGGGGGGGCAAGGGUGAAAAAGAAGGGGAAGGGGGUAAGGGGGGUGAGGGUGGUGAAAAGGGGGGUGAAGGGCAAGGGGGGGAUUUUGGAGAGGAUGAUGAUUUGGGUUUGGCGCUCUACUAUGUUCGGUCGCUGUCGAAUGUGUUAAGGUGGGCGCCUGAGGCUGCGUGGGGGGUGUUGGCGAAGAGGUUUUUACGGGUGGGGGAUUAUGAGCCGUCUUUGGGUGAGAUUAUCCCCGGCGAAGACGGCCCCGAGGCCACAGCAACCCAACUACACCGCGCAGCCCUCACGGUCCUCCAUCAAAUCCUCCUCAACCCUUUCGCCGACCAACUGGCCAGGCUACACCUUGAACACGCCCUGAUCGCCAAACUGCAGCACUCCCUCACCGGCCCCGACCCGUACGUCCAGGUCUUACUGCUCGAUGUGGUCUACGCGGCGCUCAAGCUGCGGGAACUAGCCGCACCGGCCGAAGCCCCGCCUUCUUCGCCAACGCAGGAGAAACGAACGGGUUUAUCCGGGCUGGGACUGGGACUGGGCCAUCUCGAUGGGGCUCGAAGUUCGCGGGUGUCGUUGGUGGGUGGUGGUGGUGAAAAACAACAUCACUACCAACACAACCAACAUCACCCGACCGGACAUGCACAACCGCAGGCCCCACCGCCGGCCUUACUGAAAUGCAUCCUCGCCGGCCUCAACGCCCCGAGCAGUCGACCGGUCCUCGACAGCUGGGUCGGCUUCCUAACCGAGUGUCUUCCGCUCUUUGGGAAUACCAUCUUCCAGGUGCUGAUCCCGCUGGUCGGGACGCUGUGUCGGCAGAUUGGGGAUACUUUUUAUAGUCUGCAGCGUCUGUUUCGCGUGGGGGGGACCACGGGGAUUACAGAAACAGCAGGAGGAGAGUCAAGAGAGGGCGCCGGCCCCGAAACAACGCUCAUCUCCCUGCUCAACGGCCUCGAGCAGGUCCUGGCGCGAGGACACGACCGGCUGCUGGCGGAGGAAGCGAGGGCGCAGGCUAUUCGCGGGCCUGAUCAGCCGCAGGGGUUCUUCGGGAAUAUGGUGUCGGGGGUGUUUGCUUCGGAUUCGUCUGCUGCGACGGGGUCGAGUACGGCGGGGGCAGCUGGGGCUGGGGCUGGGGGAGCAGGAGGAGGUGGGACGGGAGCUGGGGGCCAGACGCGCGGUGCUACGGCGAAUGAUCGGUUGACGGUGUUGUUGGCGUUUCAGGAUGCGGUGAGGAUGUGUUUUACUAUUUGGUCGUGGGGGCGGGGGGAUGUUGCGUCUGUUUCUGCUUCUUCCUCUUCUACCGGUACUACUGCUAUUAGUGGCAGUGCUGUCGGGAAACAAGACCCCAGCUCUGCGGCCUCGUGGAACUACACCUCUCUGCGCAUGCGCAACCGCGCCCGGCGACUGUUAGAACAUUUGUUUGCGGCCGAGACGCUGGAGUGUCUGGAGACAGUCAUCGGCAUCUGGCGGAGCGCCUUGGACACCGACAGCAGCGCAAGUAACAGCAACAACAACACCGCAGCCGAAGUCUUCAACCUCCUCCCAGCCCUGGACGGUUCCCGACCCAAACACACCAUCCCCGCCUUAUUCAACGCUCUCUACAGCCGGACCAACCCCGGAGUCUUAGACCCGUCGCGACGGUCGACGCUGACGAUUGAGCUGGCGGAUACGGAUUUGGUGAUUUUCCUGGUGGACUACACGCGCUCGUUGGAGGACGAUUCGAUGGAUGAGAUCUGGCAGGAUUGUAUGGCGUUUUUGAGGGAUAUCUUGGGGAAUCCGUUUCCGCAUCGGCAGACGCUGCCGAGUUUGUUGGAGUUUGCCGGGGUGUUGGGGGAGAAGGUGGAUAAUACGAAUUUUGGGGAGCAGAGGAAGAUGAGGAGGGAUUUGGCUGACCUCUUCCUGCGCCUGCUCACGGCCAUCUUCACGACCCGCCCGAGCAGCUUCGAGAUCGCGUCGGGGUCCAACACAACCGCCCCCUCCGACAAAAUCGAAAAAAGAAACAAACUCCCCGCCGAGCGCGCCGACGACGUGGUCGCCAUCCUAGCCGCCAUCGUGCCCAACCUCCCCAAGAUCCUCGUCGAGCACGACCGCGUACUAACCGCCGCCACGGCCAUCUCGACCAACGUCAUCGGCCCAGCCCUGCGCGCCAAAGCCUUCCCUGACACCGUCUCACACACCAUGCUCUCCCUCCUCCAAGCCCUCGCUCGCCUGCCGAGCCCCGGCGGUAACAGCAGCAACAGCAACAGCAUCCAAAAGUCCUGGCGCAAAGACGUCUCCGACGCCUUCCACGACCCGCGUUUCUUCAGCGCCCCGCUGCACCUCGUCCACCCUGGCCCAGGGACCGAGGUCGGCUGGCUCCCCCUCCUCCGCCAAUGGACCGCCACCUCCGGCCCCAGCGACAAAGACCGCAGCAUGCCCGACCUCCUCUCCCGUCUCACCCCGCCCACCACAGCCGGCAUCGUCUUCGGCGUGGGCGCCACCUCCGCCCGCCUCGAAGCCGACCGCAAAACCCAGCUCAACCUCCGCCGCAUCGCCACAUUAGUCCUCGCCUGCCCUGCCGACACCUUCGUCGCUGAUUUGCCGCUAAUCACAGACAAAAUAACCGAACUCCUCUCCGCCACGUCUACCUCCUCCCCGUCAUCAGCCACCCGCGCAGAGGUCUACAUGCUCCUGCGCGCUUUGCUCUUGCGGAACGGCGCCGUGCACCUGGCUCCGCUCUGGCCGGCUGUUAAUGCGGAAUUACACGCCGCGGUGGCAUCGGUGGUAGCGGCGGACCAUAGCGCGGCGUCGGACACGUAUGGGAAUAGCGCGGUGUUGCAGGCGUGUAAGUUGCUGGAUUUGUUGGUGUGUGCUGCGCCGGAUGAGUUUCAGUUGCACGCUUGGUUGUUUGUGGCGGAUACGGUGGAUGCGGUUUAUCGGACGUCGUUUGGGGGGGCUGGCGGGUAUGAGCCGGUGGCGUUGGUUGAUGAGGUUUGUGAGGAGUUGGGGGCUGGUCCGUCUUCUGGUGGUCUUGCUGGACAUGUUUCGGGAACAGGUUCAGGGCCAGGGUUAGGGUUCCCCGACCAACACCACCACCAUCAAACAAACACUGGAAACAACAGUAACAACACAAGCUACCCCCACCACACAACAUCCGUAGGCGGCCUACGACGUCCAUUGCUAGGAACCCCAGGGGGAAUCAGAGAUGAAGUGGGGAUGGAGAGGAGGGAUGAGUUGGUGGCGAAGGUGUUGCGGCCGUUUUUUGCGCAGCUGAGUAUUUAUGCGUUUGAGUCGACGUAUGCCAUGGCGCCGGUCGAUUGGGAGGGGUGUGUGGGGGGACUGGUGAGGGAUGUUUUUGAUGAGAGGAGUAUUGUGAGGGGGGUUUAG